AUAGAAUGUCACCAGCAAUCUGUGUAAUGAAUAUUUGCGUCUCUUCACAACAACAAAUGGUAGUAAACGAGUUCAGAAGCAGAAAUUCUGAGUUUAGUAAAUACCAAUAUGCUGAUCGACCAACAACUGAAAGCUCUUCUAGUUCGAUGCUAAUGGAGGCCUUUGUUACUUCACAACAGAAAACAGGUGAUUGUGAUCGCAAAUUUAACUGUAACUAUACAAGUAUUAAAAGUUGCAUGACUUUUCCAGACUUCACUUCUCUAUCUCAGCCUGUUAUUUACCGUAUUCUUCUGAAGAACCCUAAUACCAGCAUCAUCUUCAUUACUAUUGACCACAAAAGCUUCAAUCUUUCUGGAGAUGACCAACUAGAUAUUGGACGUGGGGUCGACCCAACUAAAGAAGACACUUUGAUAACCUCAUACAAAAAUACCAACUCUCUAAGCAGCAGCGAAAGGUUGUCUGUUUCGAAAGGAGAGGCAUGGUUCAAUAUCAGAAUAUCUGAAGCUCAAAAUCCGUCCAUUUGUUAUGAGGGAGAUGAAAGAACUAUAAUUGAAGAGACGAAUGUGGAAGAUUCCGGAAACAUCCAGGUAUAUUCAUCGGAGAGUUAUCCACCAAAUACCAUUCGAACGUGGAUUCUACGAAAUAAUCAGUCGCUUAUAAACAGUGGGAUUGAAAUAACUGUGAGUGCACUUCAUCUAGACGAGAAAGUUGGUGAUACGAUUAUAAUUGGGCCAGGUCUUGAUGAAGAAAUAUUGUGCAGUUCGCCAGCUUACUUGUUGUCUGGGUACGUAGGAGAAACCAAAGUAUUUGUUGCCAGGAAAGAUGUUUACAUAAUAUUUCUCUCGCACCACUCAGUAAGAGCAUUGCCAGGAUUCUCUUUCAGCUGGAAACGAACUAGUGACAACAUUACAGUAACACCAAACGAAGAUGUUUCAACUCCUUUGCCUGAUUCUUGGUAUCAAGCCAUCCCAAUUUGCCUUUACCAGUUAAAUGUUUCUCAUUUUACUGAAGGAAACUUGGCAGCGAAUAUCAAAUCACAACUUACGCUGGCUGGCAACCGCUACAUUAACGCCAUGCAGUUUGACCUACCACUUAUAAGAGAUAAAGAUGUGUUUUUCCUACGUGUGGCACGAAUUCUAGAUGGACCUCCGGAGAAAGGAGAGGGGCUAUACGUAUUGUUUACCAUUAUUCAACGAGAAACCCAAGGACAAGCUCUAUUUACAGCUGAUCAGUUGCUAGAUAUGAUUGAUAUGUAUCGGCCAUAUCUAAAUGAAAAUUUGAAACUAGAAGUCACAAACUGUCCUACACCUUUCAAUUCGAUUCCAUGGAUCAUAGUAUCGUUGUGUUGCCUUCCUAUUUUCAUCAUCUUUUUUUUGUUAGUUUGGCGUUGGCGGUAUCGAGAAUUUUGGAACAUCCGAGCCAAGAAAGCUACUGAAGAGAGGAAAGAGGCGGAACUUCAAGUGAGUGUAUGGCCUCCUACCACAGACAACCCAGUGUUCGAGCCUGAAAUUCUAGAAUCUCCCGGAGUCCAAGAGAAUGAGUACGUAGAGCAAAAGCAGUUACCUCUACCUGCAACCCAAUCUUCUGUAAAAUCUUUCCAAGAUGAGCCUCUCAAAAAGAGCAGUCGAUCAAUGUCAGAAAGUGCACAUAGGAAGCCAAAUUUGAUUCGCUCAUUCACUACGCAGAACGUUUACACUGACAGUGGUCUAUUUCGAUCACAAUCCUCCAUUCCUUCAAGCCACAGACCAGUGGAAAAGAUUUUAGGCCGUUCACUUUCUGAACAGUCUCUAAAAAAUGUUCCCGUAAUGCAAAAUCAAGAGAUGGAACAUUCGUCUGCAAGAAUUAAAUCCUUCGAUUUACAAUCUACCCCUUCAACUUCCUACAGACCUGCUCAGCAGGAUUUCCAAUAUCCUUCAACAUCUCAACAUUCACAUAAGGCUACUCAAAAAGAAUUUCAAUAUCCUCUUAAGGCAAACAGUGAUAAAUCUAAAAUGGAAAAUGAAAGGUCUGACUCCAUUCGUUGGCCAAAGAAAAGUGUUUCGUUCAGGUCACGUGAGCUUCCACUAAAUCCUCUUCAGGAAGAAAUGGAAGAGACCAAGAACGAAAAAGAAGAAAGUCAUGUGCGAUUCUCUCCGGUAACGGAAGUUACUGAGCCGGCCUGUACACCUGGGUUGGGUUUGCUUCCUCGAGUUAACAGCGCAGAACGUUUGCUAGAGGACUCAGACAAAGAAAGUCAUAUUUAUGACGACCCAAUGGAGAUCCGCAUGGAUGACUUUCUGGAAGAUGGCAAUGCUGAAACACAUCUUUAGGCAUCUUUCCCGUUUUGAACAAGACCUCUUCCUAACGAACGUUCAACAAUAAAUAAGAUACUUAUUUAAAAAAAUAGAAUGCCUAGUACACGAAGUGAACAGUUAUUGUUAAAGAAAUGAGAGAUGAAAAUAAAAAUACUAAUUUACUUUCGAUAGAAGUAUCUAACCACUUAUAACAAUUACACUUUAUUUGGGUUUGUUUUAAUCGAAAAUAAAAAUAUUUACUUUAAAUUAGAAACAGUUUUCUAAACAACACGCUUUAAUAUAAAAGGCAAUGAUAAAUACUACUUAAGUAAUAAUAUUAAGAAUAAUGGCAGUCGACGGCAAAAGUACUUUACAUUUUCUCUGUUUUUUUUAUAGAUUUGUAAUUAGAUGCAUCUGGCUGUUAAUCUAUAGAUUUGUAAUUAGAUGCAUCUGGCUGUUAAUCUAUAGAUUUGUAAUUAGAUGCAUCUGGCUGUUGAUCUAUAGAUUUGUAAUUAAAUGCAUUUGGCUGUUGAUCUAUAGAUUUGUAAUUAGAUGUAUCUGGCUGUUAAUCUAUAGAUUUGUAAUUAGAUGCAUCUGGGUGUUGAUCUAUAGAUUUGUAAUUAGAUGCAUCUGGGUGUUGAUCUAUAGAUUUGUAAUUAGAUGCAUCUGGCUGUUAGUCUAUAGAUUUGUAAUUAGAUGCAUCUGACUGGUGAUCUAUAGAUUUGUAAUUAGAUGCAUCUGGGUGUUGAUCUAUAGAUUUGUAAUUAGAUGCAUCUGGCUGUUAAUCUAUAGAUUUGUAAUUAGAUGUAUCUGGCUGUUAAUCUAUAGAUUUGUAAUUAAAUGCAUCUGGUUGUUGAUCUAUAGAUUUGUAAUUAGAUGCAUCUGGCUGUUAAUCUAUAGAUUUGUAAUUAGAUGCAUCUGGCUGUUAAUCUAUAGAUUUGUAAUAAGAUGCAUCUGACUGGUGAUCUAUAUAUUUGUAAUUAGAUGCAUCUGGCUGUUGAUCUAUAGAUUUGUAAUUAGAUUCUUCUUUAUAUUAAUAAAAAAUUAAGGAAAGAAUCGAUGUUUAUAAAAAUGCUCAAAACGAACCAUAAUCAAUCUUACAUUUAUGGUAGGUACUAACUCCAUUCACAAGGCGGUUAUAAUCGACCGGUAAUUCAUGUGUUAAAAUUCAUUUGUAGCAGGCCCGGCAUGGCCAGGUGGUUAGGGCACUCGAUUCGCAAUCUGCAGGUCGCGGGUUCGAAUCC